GCCAAAAGGUGGCAUUUCCUCUCACCUCCACCCCCAUUUUCGACCAACCCCAUCAAGAAAGGAGAGGGAAGCUCUCAAACCAUCCUCCAUAGCUGCAAAAUUCGAGCUCAAGCAUAAGUGCUCAAAGAAGGAAGAUUAAAGAGGGAAAAAGUUGGGAAAAGUGUGAAUAAUUAAGGCACUUGUAAAGGGUAUUUCAAGUGAUUCCUCAAAGUUGGAAAAGUCGCCGGAGUUGUUGCCGGAGUUGACCGAAAGUCGCCGGAGUUUCACCGGAGUUCAACCAAGAAGGGUAGAACUUCAUAACGCAAAUUCAAGGUUGAAGCUAGGGCUUGCUACUUGCACCUUCUCACGGGUGGUAUCAAAUCAGGAAGACGUGAAAUGGAAGGCAGGCGAAUGGGGACCAGGAACAAUCCGAGGGGGCAAGCGCCGGUAGCAUCCCAAAGGGGAAGCCGGGCUGCAUCUCGGGGUUCAAGAGGAGGCCGUGGAGGCCGUGGAAGCCGUGGAGGUCAUCAAGCUCAAACUGUGAGUGAUGGCCAUGUAAGUUCAGUGUAUGAAACCAACACCGAGGACUAUGACUCAACCUACGUUCCAGAAACGGAGCAUGAGGAGACCCCGUAUGAUGGGGGUGACACACACACCGAUGAUGAUGAUGAAGAGAGUGAUGCCAAGUUCGCCCAAAUGGGCGAAUUGCUUGAGUGGUAUCAAAAAGAAAAGCUGAGGAGAGACCUUAGGCGCCAAGCAAGGCGUGGCUCUCGGGGUGGUUCGGGUCAAGGAAGCCGGGGAGCUUCAAGGGCCACCCCCGCGGCGUCACAUGGUGGGCGUGAAGGAGGCUUUUGUGUGAGAAUCUCCAAGUACCUCAAGGAGGCUAGGGCCUUGGGGUGUAAGUCCUUUGACGGCACCGGUGACAUUACCGUUGCCGCCGAUUGGAUAAAGAAGGUGAAGGAUGCGGCAAAGGACAUGCAAAUUUCACCGGACGUGAAGUUGACUGUUGCUUCACGGCUGCUUGAGGGGAUAGCUUCCACGUGGUGGGAGAGUGUAGAAGGGAAAUACCAUGGGGAGGUCUCAUGGUUAAAUUUUGAGCAGGAAUUCUAUGACCAAUACUACACUGAUUAUGAGAAAAAUGUCAAGCGUAGGGAGUACACCAACCUCAAACAGAGGGAGGGUGUUUCUGUUAAACAGUUGGAGCAAGAUUUUAGAACCUUGGCUAGGUUCUUGCCGGAAUACGCGAUCAAUGAGGACCGCAUGUCGGAGCACUUUUGGGAUGCCUUACUCUUGGACAUCCGUGAUCGGGCUACGUACUCGCGCCACAUGACCUUUAGCGAGGUAGUGGAGCAGGGCCUUCUUGGGGAGGCUCAAUGGAAUGAGAGGAAAGAAAGAGACGCCGAGGAGGCGAAAAAGAGAAAAUGGCAUAAUUCGGGGCCGCCCGAGCAAGCACGGAAGAAUCACCACGGUGGGGGUGGUAGUACGUUCAAGACGCCGGCACCACCGGCGAAGAAGAACAAGGAUGCUCGGUGGCACGCAUCCUCCUCUCAAAAUACGGGGCCUCCUAAGUGUGCCAACUGCUCAAAGAAUCACUUCGGGAAGUGCAACGCACCCCCGAGGUGUUAUCGGUGUGGGAACACGGGCCACAUGAAGGCCAAUUGCCCACAAUUGGGGGGAGGAGGAGCUCCGGGAUCCGGAGGAGGAACCAUGACGGGGAGAAACCGUGCGGGCCCGUCAAACGGCGGUGCGGGAAGAGGCGGCGCGUCCACAAGUCAUGCCGCGUCCGUAAAUCAAGGCGGGACCCAAGCACGAGUGUACGCAAUGACCGAGGCUGAUGCACGAGCAAACCCGGACUCCGUUGCAGGUUGAAGCUAGGGCUUGCUACUUGCACCUUCUCACGGGUGGUAUCAAAUCAGGAAGACGUGGUUCGUGCUUCCUUAUUUUCUUUCAAACUACCGAACACUUGCUCAUGGAUAUUUGUUCUACUAUAAACUAUUUUUGGGGCUUGCAUGCCCAUGUUGUUGGCCGGUUGUGGCUUAUGACUUACCGUUGAAUAUUUCCGCUAUUCAUUGGUUUAAAUGUGAUGUUGUUAUGUAUGUUUA